AUGCCUUUCCACGUGGAGGGGCUGGUGGCCAUUGCUGUGUUUUACCUGGCUAUCCUGGCCGUUGGGAUAUGGGCUGCUUGGAAAACCAAGAACACCGGCAGCGAUGGAGAUCGCAGCGAAGCUAUUAUAGUCGGCGGAAGAGACAUUGGCUUGCUAGUUGGUGGAUUUACAAUGACUGCCACAUGGGUUGGAGGAGGUUACAUCAACGGGACAGCAGAAGCUGUGUAUGUCCCAGGCUAUGGUCUAGCUUGGGCUCAGGCACCUAUUGGAUAUUCUCUCAGUCUGGUCUUAGGUGGUCUGUUUUUUGCGAAACCUAUGCGAUCCAAAGGCUAUGUGACAAUGCUAGACCCUUUUCAGCAGCUUUAUGGAAAAAGAAUGGGAGGGCUCUUGUUUAUUCCAGCUUUAAUGGGAGAAAUGUUUUGGGCUGCUGCCAUCUUCUCUGCCUUAGGUGCCACAAUAAGUGUGAUCAUUGACAUUAAUAUCAAUCUUUCAGUCAUUAUUUCUGCCCUGAUUGCAACUCUGUACACUCUUGUGGGUGGGCUUUAUUCUGUGGCCUACACUGAUGUAGUUCAGUUAUUCUGCAUCUUCCUGGGGCUGUGGAUCAGCGUACCCUUUGCAUUGUCCAAUCCUGCAGUGACAGACAUUGGUUUCACAGCUGUGCACGAGGUGCACCAAGCGCCUUGGCUUGGAACUAUUGGCUCACUUAACAUUUACACCUGGCUGGACAAUUUCCUUUUACUGACGUUUGGAGGGAUCCCGUGGCAAGCAUAUUUCCAGCGAGUUCUUUCCUCAUCUUCCGCCACGUAUGCUCAAGUUUUGUCAUUUCUGGCUGCUUUUGGCUGCAUUGUGAUGGCUAUUCCUGCAGUACUCAUUGGUGCAAUUGGAGCAUCCACAGCAUGGAACCAGACUGAAUAUGGUGUUCCUGACCCCAUUGCUAAUAAGGAAGCAGAUAUGAUUUUACCAAUUGUGCUCCAGUAUCUUUGCCCAGUCUACAUCUCGUUCUUUGGCCUCGGUGCUGUAUCUGCUGCUGUCAUGUCAUCAGCUGACUCUUCAAUUUUAUCAGCAAGUUCUAUGUUUGCUCGGAACAUUUACCAGCUCUCAUUUCGGCAAAAUGCCUCAGACAGGGAAAUUGUGUGGGUCAUGAGAAUCACUGUUUUUCUCUUUGGAGCUUCAGCAACAGCAAUGGCACUGCUGGCAUCAUCCGUGUACGGCCUGUGGUACCUCAGCUCUGACCUUGUUUAUAUCAUCAUAUUCCCUCAGCUCUUGUGUGUGCUAUUUAUUAAAGGAACCAACACCUAUGGUGCCAUUGCAGGAUACUUAUUUGGCCUUGUUCUCAGAAUAACUGGAGGAGAACCAUACCUCUACCUGCAGCCCUUGAUCUACUAUCCUGGCUGCUAUCCUGAUGAAAAUAAUAUCUAUGUCCAGCGAUUCCCAUUUAAAACACUUGCAAUGCUUACCUCCUUCUUUACUAACAUUAUAGUCUCCUACUUAGCCAAAUACUUAUUUGAGAGUGGGACUUUGCCACCAAAGCUGGAUUUCCUUGAUGCUGUGGUUGCAAGGUACAGCAGAGAACAUAUGGACAAAGCAACUCUUGUAAAAAGUGACAAUAUUGUAUUAAAUGAACUUGCACCUGUGAAUCCGCGACACAGUCUAACUUUGAGCUCAACUUUCACAAACAAGGAAGCCUUUAAUUAUGUUGAUUCGAGUCCAGAUCUGUCCAACACUGAAGACAAUUAAAAAGCGUGGCAGCCACAGACAAAGCAAUGCAAAACAGAAUAUUCUAUGAA